AUGCUUUUACCUCGUGAGCAUGAGACACCGUUUAACAAGGCGCCUGUUAUUCGGGCGCUGUCGAUGAUUCUCAUGAUUGUUACCAUGUUCUCGGUGUUUAUUCGUGUUCUUACGCGGAUUGCUACGAUGAGAAGAUUACGAUGGUCGAGCCUGUUCAAGUCGGAUGAUAUUCUCAUCUUUGUGUCGAUGAUCUUUGUGAUUGCACAAUCAGCGGUUGUUUAUUCACAGGGCGCAAAUGGGAUGGGAAAGCUGGAUGUGUCGUCUGGUCAAAUAUCGUUGAUUCUCAAGGAUCAACUCGUAUCCGAUAUUCUAUUUUAUCUCGCACUGGCAUUUUCGAAGAUUUCAGCUACGACGACCGUUGGAAAUAUGUCACCACUGUCUCACAAACGAAUAUUGCCGAUUCAGAUUAUCAUUGCAGGCUGGGCAUUAUCUGCGAUACUUGUGCGAGCAUUCGCAUGCUCCUUACCGUCAUCUUGGGACUACAUCAACGGCUCCUGCGUCGAUCUGGUGGCAUUCUGGGCAUACGUCGACGUUGUCAACCUUGUCACCGAUCUUCUCAUCACUGGUGUCACCAUCGAAAUUCUCGUGCACCUGCAGAUGCCACUUGGCACAAAAGCGAUGGUGGUUGGUGUUUUCGGCUCACGCAUUCUGAUGAUCCCUCCCGCCGUGUCUCACAUCUACUUCUUCAAACAAGCCCUCGAUUCGUCCACACCAAUCUUCACAAUGUGGAAGCCCACCAUCAUCGUGCAAGUAAUCCAGUGCGUCGGUAUCACCACCACCUGCAUACCCUUCUGGUGGCGCUUCCUCAAGAGCCUUGAAUCAGGCCAGAUGGGCGCAGGCGACAUCUUUGGCGCACUCAGCAAAAGCAACAAUAGCAAAAGUGGCGGGACGACAAGAGGAACGGGGAACAAGUCUAGGUCUAACAACACGUUGACGUCCGGGUCGCAGGCUUUCGAGCUGACGAGCAGGCAGGGGGAUGUGAAAAAGUUUGCGCAUGUUGUGACGGAUCAUGGGAAGGGAGGUUCGUGGGAUGCGGCGCGGCAGAAUAGCCAGGAGGCCCUUGUUGAUCCUUCUGCUGGGGUUCAGUGA